AUGACUUCGCUGCCCCAUCGUCGUCCUUCUCGCCUGGCCUCUCGCCAGGCAUCUAGUGAUCCUCGCGAGGAUAUCCAGGUCCAGCUGGAUCAUUUCAUCGGAAUUGACGUCGGAACGGGCAGUGCUCGCGCCUGUAUCAUCGACGCCAAAGGUGAUAUUGUGGGCCUGGCCUCUGAAAAUAUCGGUCUUUGGCAGCCGGAGCAUGGCUUCUACGAACAAUCCACUGAUGAUAUCUGGCGCUGUAUCUGCAUCGCGGUGCAACGUGCCGUCAGCCAACACAAUAUCAGCCCAGAGACUAUUCGCGGCAUCGGAUUCGACGCUACUUGCUCCCUAUCUGUAUUUAAUCACGAAACCGAUGAGCCUGUCUCUGUGACAGGGCCAAAAUUCGACUCAGACCGGAAUGUCAUCCUAUGGCUGGACCAUCGCCCCGUUGAAGAAGCUGCCAAAAUCAAUGCUACUAACCACAACUUACUCCGCUACGUUGGGGGGACAAUGUCCAUUGAAAUGGAGGUUCCUAAAGUCCUCUGGUUGAAAAAUCACAUGCCGAAGGAGCUUUUCGACAAAUGCAAAUUCUACGAUCUCGCCGACGCCCUCACCCACAUCGCCACAGGAAACGACAAGCGCAGCUUCUGCAGCGUAGUCUGCAAGCAGGGCUAUGUCCCGGUAGGCGUAGACGGAAGUGUCAAGGGGUGGCAGGAGGAUUUCCUAUCUGAAAUUGGCCUAAGCGACUUGACUGAGGACAACUUCAAGCGCAUGGGCGGUGUUGACGGGGUGAAUGGUGACUACCUCAGUGCAGGGGAGCUUGCAGGGUACCUAUGCGAAAAGGCCGCAGCAGAAUUGGGCUUACCAGCUGGUAUUGCAAUUGGUAGCGGUGUGAUUGAUGCUUACGCGGGUUGGAUUGGCACCGUCGGUGCCAAAGUCCACCUUGGAUCCGAACAAUUAAGCGCCGAUGCAGCGAAGAACGAUAAAUCCCAAGCAUUUUCUCGCCUUGCCGCUGUUGCCGGAACCUCGACUUGUCACUUGGCCAUGUCUCCGGACCCUGCUUUUGUCAAUGGGGUAUGGGGACCCUACCGAGACACCAUUAUCCCUGGAUUUUGGAUGGCGGAAGGAGGCCAAUCGGCAACAGGAGAGCUUCUGAAGCAUGUCAUUGAAACACACCCGGCCUUUAACCAAGCUCUGUCCAUCGCAGAGUCCUACCACACCAACAUCUAUGACUACCUGAACGAGCAUCUCAAGGAGAUGGUUCAUGACCAAAAGGCUCCUUGCGUAUCCUACCUAGGACGCCAUUUCUUCUUCUACGGAGAUCUUUGGGGGAAUAGGUCUCCGAUAGCAGAUCCCAACAUGACAGGGUCUAUAUUCGGUCUCACAAGCGACAAGACCGUCGACGGUCUCGCGAUCUAUUACUACGCAACACUCGAGUUCAUCGCGCUGCAAACGAAACAGAUCGUCGAGACCAUGAACAAAGCAGGUCACAAUAUCACCUCAAUUUUCAUGUCUGGAUCGCAAUGUCAGAAUGACAUUCUGGUCGGAUUGAUCGCAUCCGCUUGCGACAUGCCUGUCGUGAUCCCCCGCUAUAUCCACGCCGCUGUCUGCCAUGGUGCCGCCAUGCUGGGAGCCAAGGCGGCUAGUGUCGAUUCACAGGGUAAAACAGAGAAUUUGUGGGAUAUUAUGGAUCGAAUGAGCAAGCCGGGCAAGAAGGUAGUGCCCACAGCUGAUGUGAAAGAGAAGGCACUGCUGCAGGCUAAAUAUGAGGUUUUCCUGGAGCAAUGCUUUAAGCAGCAAAAGUAUCGGCAGCUGGUGGACGAAGCUGUGGGUGAAUGGGGUUCGGCCUAG